AUGGCCAAGUGGCUCCGGGACUACCUGAGCUUCGGCGGCCGGAGACCCCCUCCGCAGCCGCCCACCCCCGACUACUCGGACAGCGACCUCCUGCUGGCCUACCGCAUGCAGAAGAACCUGGACUUCGAGGACCCCUACGAGGACGCGGACAGCCGCUCCGAGCUGGACCCCGCGGCGCCCCCAGAUCCCAAGGGUCCCAGCGACUGCAAGUACGACUCCCCCAAGCACCGGCUCAUCAAGGUGGAAGCUGCGGACACAGCCCGGGCCAGGGCUCUGCCGGGCGCCCCCGGGGCCGAGCUGGAAGUGGAUGCUGAAUAUUCAGACCCAUUUGAUGCCCAGCCUCACCCACCACCCUCAGACGAUGGCUACGUGGAGCCCUAUGACACCCAACAGGUCACCAGUGAGCUGCCAUGCAGGGCAGUCCAGCUGUAUGACACUCCCUACGAAGAGCAGGACCAGGAGCUGGAGGAGAACGGGGCUUCCCCUGGCCAGAGGCCUCCACAGAGCCGGCUGCCCCCAGAGGAUGAGCGGCCUGCCGAUGAGUAUGACCAGCCCUGGGAGUGGAAGAAAGACCACAUCUCCAGAGCCUUUGCAGUGCAGUUCGACAGUCCUGAGUGGGAAAGGACCUCCGGCCCGGCCAAGGAGCUGCGGAGACCCCCGCCCAGAAGCCCGCAGCCCGCCGAGCGCGUGGAUCCCGCCCUGCCCCUGGAGAAACAGCCGUGGUUUCACGGGCCCCUGAGCCGCGCGGAUGCUGAGAACGUCCUGUCACUCUGCAAAGAAGGCAGCUACCUGGUGCGGCUCAGUGAGACCAACCCCCAGGACUGCUCCCUGUCCCUCAGGAGCAGCCAGGGCUUCCUGCAUCUGAAAUUCACGCGGACGCGAACGAACCAGGUGGUGCUGGGCCAGCAUAGCGGCCCCUUCGCCAGUGUCCCCGAGCUGGUCCUGCACUACAGCGCCCGGCCCCUGCCGGUGCAGGGCGCCGAGCACCUGGCGCUGCUCUACCCCGUGGUCCCGCAGGGCCGCUGCCCCGCGCCCUAAGAGACCUACCUACCCGGGACCGAUGAGCGCCCUGCGCUCAGCCCAUCCAGGCCAUCUCUGGCCCGCGGGCUCCAGAGCCUAGGACUGUGUCCCCCACUGUCCUCCCCUUCCCCGGCCAAUAAACGCGUCGUUGUGCUC